UUUUUUUUUUUUAAAGAAACUAUAGCUUUCCUACAAGCAAAAUCCCAAACGCGGACUUACUGAGAGAAGAAUCCGAGGUUAAAAGAUUCCUCUUUUCUUCUUCUUCUUCUUCUUCUUCUUCACCACCAGCCAUCAUUCAUUCACUACCUUGACAUUCCAUGGCUUUGAUUGACAGCUGGAGUGGCAAAAAGCCAUGAGACACGACAGUUUGGUUACAUGUGGGUUGCUGACGGGCCGAUCGUAACCUUCAGUGUGGGGCUUGGCGACUUUUAUGUUUAUUUUUUUUUAGACACCAUCAUUUUUUUUUUUACGUAAAAGAAGAAAAAAAGGAAAGACACAGAAAAGGGAAAUAAAGAAGAGCACGCUGGGGAAACAGACAAACUCUACGUGGUUUAUUUUUCCCUACUUUUUAUUGUUAUAACGACUGUCUUUAUGAAUAUUUACGCGUAUUGGAGAACUCUAUAAGUGGGUCGGAGAAACAAGGGAAAAGGGAUUUUUUUUUCUUCCUUUCCUUCUUCUUCAGUCACUUUGUUGGUGUUGUUACUGGACUGGGAUAUUAAAUAUAGGACACAUCCCGGAGUUUAUUGGAGCGCAGACUGAUGGCGCAAAGGUACGAUGAGCUGCCUCAUUACGGCGGGAUGGACGGAGUAGGGGUACCUGCUUCCAUGUAUGGAGACCCUCACGCCCCCAGGCCGAUCCCCCCAGUACACCAUUUGAACCACGGGCCGCCACUGCAUGCCAGCCAGCAUUAUGGAGCCCAUGCCCCGCACCCCAAUGUCAUGCCGGCCAGCAUGGGAUCGGCUGUCAAUGACGCCUUGAAGCGGGACAAGGAUGCAAUUUAUGGGCACCCGUUGUUCCCUCUGUUAGCUCUGGUCUUUGAAAAGUGCGAGCUCGCCACCUGCACUCCCCGAGAGCCCGGAGUGGCCGGCGGAGACGUCUGCUCCUCCGACUCCUUCAAUGAGGACAUCGCCGUCUUCGCUAAACAGGUUCGGGCAGAAAAACCACUUUUUUCUUCAAAUCCAGAAUUGGAUAAUUUGAUGAUACAAGCAAUACAAGUCUUAAGGUUUCACCUUUUGGAAUUAGAAAAGGUUCAUGAAUUGUGUGAUAAUUUCUGUCAUCGGUACAUUAGCUGUCUUAAAGGCAAAAUGCCCAUAGACCUAGUUAUUGAUGAAAGAGAUGGCAGCUCCAAAUCUGACCAUGAAGAACUCUCAGGAUCAUCCACAAAUUUAGCUGACCAUAAUCCUUCCUCUUGGAGAGAUCAUGAUGAUGCAACGUCAACGCACUCAGCAGGCACACCAGGGCCUUCCAGUGGGGGCCAUGCUUCCCAGAGUGGAGACAACAGCAGUGAGCAAGGGGAUGGUUUAGACAACAGUGUAGCUUCUCCCGGCACAGGUGAUGAUGAUGAUCCAGACAAGGAUAAAAAGCGUCAAAAGAAAAGAGGAAUCUUCCCUAAAGUAGCAACAAAUAUAAUGAGAGCGUGGCUUUUCCAACAUCUCACACAUCCGUAUCCUUCAGAGGAGCAGAAGAAACAGUUAGCCCAAGACACAGGACUUACAAUUCUACAAGUAAACAACUGGUUUAUUAAUGCCAGAAGAAGAAUAGUACAGCCUAUGAUUGACCAGUCAAAUCGAGCAGGUUUUCUUCUUGAUCCUUCAGUGAGCCAAGGAGCAGCAUAUAGUCCAGAAGGUCAACCCAUGGGAAGCUUUGUAUUGGAUGGUCAGCAACAUAUGGGAAUCCGGCCUGCAGGUUUGCAAGGCAUACCAGGGGACUACAUAUCUCAGGGUGGUCCUAUGGGUAUGAGUAUGACACAAUCAAGUUACACUCCUUCCCAGAUGACCCCUCACCCUACUCAAUUAGAACAUGCCCCAAUCCAUUCAUAUUUGCCAAGUCCCCAUCACCCAGCCAUGAUGAUGCAUGGAGGACCCUUUACCCAUCCUGGAAUGACCAUUUCAGCACACCCCACCAUCUUAAAUUCUAUAGAACCCAAUGUCGGUGGACAGCUUAUGGACAUUCAUGCCCAAAUAGUAUAAAGGAACUCAAGGAAAAAUAUUUUAAAACUUGUGAACUUUGACCAGAUGUUGACACUUCAUACGCAAUUCCAGACAGCUGUGAUUAUUUUUUACUUUUAUCAUUUUUCAUUAACAACAGAGGACCAAUGGAAACAAGAACAGAAAUACGAAAUCAUGGGCACACUGAAAAGAAUUUAUGUCCAUGUAAAGAUCCUCUGGGAAAAAAAAGACUCCAAGAGUUAUAACUACUGUAGUAUAUAAACAUAGGAACUAAGUUAACUUGUAUAUUUCUGUUGAUCACUCCGUUAUGUUGCCUCAGAUAGUUUUAGAAGGAAAAAAAUAUCCUUGUUUUCCACACUAUGUGUGUUGUUCCCAAAAGAAUGACUGUUUCGGUUCAGCAGUGAAGUCGCUAUCCCUGAAAGAAAACAAUAUAUUUCAGACAUCUUUGGCCAGUGAGAAAAGAACUAACCUGGAGAUGAAGACAGAAUCUUGCUGGAUCUUCCAUCAUUCAGAAGAUAGUUCCGUAAAGGCCUUGCCAUCCCCUGGUUCUGUUCCUUCAUAAAUGUGUCCUUUAGUUUCAAACAGAUCUUUAUAGUUUGUGCUUCGUAAGCCCAAGAUAUUUUUGGACUCUUUUUUCAAGGAGCCUGCUAGUGAAGAUUUAAAAAACAGAGCAGGAGCUUCUUUUAGUAAUUCUGAGUCUUGACUUUGGACAAGAUGAAUCUGAAGGUUGGGCAGCUUUCCUUAUGAAAAAAGAUAUUAAUGGUCUUUGUACCAAACCUAGAACUCUAUGAUGAACUCAAAGCUUGAGAAAAAGCAAGAGAAUACUGUAACAAACUUUGUUACAGAGUUCAGUCUAUUAAUUGUUUCAUGUUAGAUAUUCUAUGUGUUUACCUCAACUGAAAAAAAAAGAAUGUUUUUGCUAGUAUCAGAUCUGCUGUGGAAUUGGUAUUGUAUGUCCAUGAAUUCUUCCUUUCUCAGCACGUGUUCCUCACUAGAAAAAAAAAUGCUGUUACCUUUAAGCUUUGUCAAAAUUUACAUUAAAAUACUUGUAUGAGGACUGUGACGUUAUGUUUUAAAAAAAAGUGUUAAGUCACAAAAUGCGGUAAUAAAUAUUUCAUUUUUUGA